AUGAGCGAAAUUGCAGGCAUCGAGGAAGACAUCAAGCAGUACUGCGAGCAGCUUGAUGUCGUACACGCAGGUCUGAAAGAUGACGCCGGUAACGCAGAGCUUCUCGCUCUUAAGGCUGAGUUAGAUGACGCGCUCGCGCUUCUGAACGAAACCCUUGCUGAACUGAAGCCGACCAAGGCAGCGCCUCCGAAGCCGAAAGCUCCCUCGCUACCGCCCGUCCAAGAAAAAUGGUCGCGCGAGAACCACCCUGCCUUCAAGAAGCCAGCCCCGGUCGAGGAGAAAGAGGUCGACGCAGGGCAGAUAAGCUACAAAGUCAAUGACAACAUCAUGGCGAAAUGGCUUUCAGGCGACAGAGGUUUCUACCCUGCGCGCAUCACCUCUAUCACCGGCUCCUCCACAGCGCCCAUCUAUGUUGUCAAGUUCAAGAGCUACGAUACGACCGAACAGUUACGGGCGAAGGACAUCCGACCGGUUGCGCAGAAGAGAAAAGCCGACGGGACACCUGUGAACACUGCUUCUCCCUUCACCGCCCCGUCGCAAUCUCCAGCAACCACUACCUCCUCGGCCCCCGGCGUCAUCUCCGCUGCUGCCAGUAUAAAUCCUGAGCUGGCACAGAUGAACAAGGAAGAAGCUUUGAAGAAUGCCGGCGACGCCAAGCCCAAGGCGAAGAAGAUCAGGGCAACCAAAGAGCUUGAGUCUGGCAAGAACAAGUGGCAGGAGUUCAACUCCAAGUCCAAGUUCUCCAAGGGACCGAAGCCCAAGAAGGAUAGCAUGUUCCGCACGCCCGAUGGAGUUCAUGGUAGAGUUGGUUUCACAGGUUCAGGACAAGCCAUGCGAAAAGACCCUACUCGAACCCGCCACAUCUACCAACCCAACGAGGAGGUCGACUAA